AUGGGUCAGCCCCAGAAACGUUUAUGUUCAACCAAAAGUGAGCGCAGGCCUGUUGAUUCUUACUUCAUAAGUGUCACAGGAGGGUCUUGGCCCGUUAAAGAACAGACCCUUCUUCUCAAACUGGUCAGUUUCUUAUCUCUUCAUUGGUUUCGUCUGUACACAACUAGAGCUUUGCAAGGGCAAGGAGCAUGUUAUUUCGUGAAGCAGAUUGAAAUUCCCAAUGAAGAAACAUUAGAUGUUAUUGCUGUGGACACUGGGUCAUUACAGGAUCCUUCAAAUGGCACUGGAAAUGAUCAGUUACAAUGGCUGACAAGCACACUUGAAGCAAGCAAUAGUAGCUGGCGCAUUGCUGUUGGAUUCCACCCAUUGGUUGCUUGCGAUGAAAAUAUUGAGCAAACAGAAGCAAAACAAAAAUUUGAGACUCUGCACCAUGAAUUUCUGAAAAAUGGAGUGAAUGCGUACAUCAGCGGGCAUGCUUGUUCUAACUAUGUCCAUAAGGGAGGUAUAAUGCACAACAACAAUGCAGGUCCAAUUGAAAAGGGUCCUUACCUUUCUUUCAUGGAUAAUAAGUUGGUCCUUAAUAAGGAAAGAACAACUGGAUUCCUACUUCAUAGAGUCAGCUCCCUUGAGAUUGUGACCUACUUAGUUUCCUUGACAGGAGAAGUUGUGCAGAAAAUUACACUCCAACAAAGAGGUCGAGGGGUUAUGUAA